AUGGAGAGUGCCAUGGUUAAGGCUAGUGGACAGGUAGAGCGAGCUUAUUUUGUUGUUCAUAGGCUUCACGUUGAGAAUGCUGCAUUGAGGCAGGAAAUGGAAGCUGCAAAAUUGCACGUUGAGGAGUCGGACUCAAGCUACCAGGAGUUUCCAUCUUUUGAUCAGAUCAAUCUUCCAAUCUUUGUGAGUUUUCUUGCUGAAUACGUCAUAUUCAAUAGAAACGUUGUGACAUCACAGGCUCAACGGAAUCAGGAAGAAAAUGCGAAGGAAGAAUUACUUGCACAAGCAAGUUCAUUUAGAAACGAAAGAGAGUAA